CUUAAAUUCUAUAAAGAUAAAAAGCGAGGUCACUAGGAUACGCUAUCCUGACAAGGAAGGAGCCAAGCAUGAGUUGAGAGGAAAUUGACGAUCUGUAUUCAAUAAAGUAAAAAUGGCUUCUGUAAAGUCAUUUAAAAGGAAAUAUUUGAAACUGAGAAAAUCUUUUGAUGUUGUCCUUCAAGAAACCGAUGAAAUUGAACAGAAAAUAGCAGACAUCUCUCAAGUUUAUCGACGGAUUUUGAUGGAAAAUACUCAUUUGGUCGAUUUAUUUUUGGAUAUGAAUGAAACAACUUUGCCCACACCUCCUGCUAGUCCUCCUGGAUCUCCAUAUCGGCAAGCAACGACUGUUCCUCAUGUUGAUUAUUUAGAAGACACAUCAGUUGCUUAUAGUUUAGAAAAGCCUAUUGCCAGUACCCACAAGUGGUUAUCUGGUCUAACAGCCCACUCCAAGUCAAAUAAUCCGCUCUUGUCAGCUGGAAGCUCCAAUUCUUUCUCUAAACCCAGCUUAAAUUUACCUAACCAAUCUUCUCCUGCAUCAACCUCUUCGCCCAUUAAUCCUAGCUCUUUAUGGAAACAAAAGCGGAAAAGAGCUACAGACUCGCCCUCAGAGCGUCGUUCUAGGAAAAGAUCAUCUUAUGAAGCUUAAGGUUGAUAUGACGACUUUCUGCAAUCAUUUUCUUUUAUAUUGCAUACAUUUAUCUGUUCGACAUUUCUUUCCGCAUACUAUUAUUUAUGAUUAGAACACGGGUGUGUAGGCAUAAGUUUAUAUGUAUUUUCAGAAGAAUUAGUCAAGAGACUGCGUACUUUUAUCCACCCUCUCUAUGUGUCGUUUUUUAUUAUGGUAAUAAAAGGAGUAUAAGUCCAUGGGGAGCUUCGGUCGAAAUCUUCGUCGCCGUACAUUAUCAUUAUCAUUAUCAUUAUUACUCUUAUUCUUAUAUCUCUUUUCUCUGCAGUAAAAACUUUGGACUUUCUAACCUUUCAUCUUCAUUUUACGUACAGAAACCUAUUUAACAUCGUCUCCAUCCAUUCCUCCUCCAAAGGGAGAAUACCAAAAUCUCUUUUAAAUGGACAGUUUCAGACAGUUCGGAUGAAAUUGGGAUCAUUAUUAUGUACAGGAUACAUUAUUUGGCUACGGGUGCUUUAAAUACAUUUCAGUCUACUUGCUCCAUCCUUGCUAGUCAAGAAUCAAAAUCAAUAAAAAAUUAAAC